GGCAGCUUAAUGGGCGCCUGCAAACAGAGGAGGAAGUGACUGAGGAGCACGAACUAUGUGACAGAGUGGAGCGGAGGAGUCCCGCUGCGGCUAAAGCUGCACUUUUCAACGCACUGGAGAGAAGUCGAACCAACGCAACCACCGCCUUGUCAUUUAAUGAAACGGUGGUUUCGAGGCGCCUCGCGCAGGUUCUGAGGAGCUCCACCGACUUCCCAAGCGCUGCAGCCGCAGGACGCCAUGUCCCACAGCCAGUUAGACGGCGCCGGGGACCAGGCCCCUUUAAUCCUGGAGAACCGCUUCUCCACAGAACUACACAUAUCGGAGCCGGGCGAUGACGACGAGUGCAGUCAGCCACCGAGCACGUCCGGCCCCCAGGCGGAAAAAUCGACGCCUCGCAAGGAUGUAGUGGACAAGCCCGUAGCACCUCGCAAGGUGGUUCUGAGCACCCAGAGCUUUGCAGCAAAAAAGGUCGGCAUCCAGCAGCUCAUCCCCAAGAAUUUAGCCACGAGCAGCCGGCCCAAAAACCGCCACCACACCACCGUGGUGACGUUCCCCGUGGGACUGGAGAACGCCAAGAGUGGAACCGUGGCAGCGCAGAAACAGGAUGUGUCACGGGACGAUUAUGACAGCGACGGGGAUGACUUUUCUUUCGGGCGGAACCGCAGGAACAAGUCGUACAGGGCCGCGGUGACCAGUCUGGAUGUGGACGCCAUGGUGGAGCAAGGGGCCGCGGCCACGCUUAAACCAGUCGCAGAGUCCACAGCGGCCAGUCCUGCACGUAGCCCCCGACAAAAGCGAACUCUCGGGAGAAAGAGGAACCAGAAUCAUGGCUCCUUCAAAGACGCCCCGCCGCGCCUCUACCAGGACGUCCGCGAGCGGGGGCUGCACGCCACCAACCAGGACGAGCUGCUGGAGGACUUUGUGGUGGUGGAGCAUCCGGAGGAGGACCAGGGCAUCGUUGUGAAGAGCUACCGGCCCGUUCAGCUCACCUGGAGCCAGCUGCCGCAGGUGAAGGAGACGGGUGUACUGGAGUUAGUCUCACCUCAGGAGAGGAAGAGGCAGGAGGCCAUUUUCGAGAUCAUCACGUCGGAGCACUCGUAUCUGCACAGCCUGGGCAUCUUGGUGCAGCACUUCCGAAACAGCGAGGCCCUGAAGAGGACGAUGACGAGCACAGAGCACCACCACCUCUUCUCCAACAUCUCUGUCAUCCACCAGAUCAGCAAGCGUUUCUUUGACGACCUUGAGCGGCGCCACUGUGAAAAUGCCGUGAUCCGGGAAAUCAGCGAUAUUGUUCAGAACCACGCCGCCCACCACUUUGAGCCGUACAUCGUCUACUGCUCCAAUGAGACCUUUCAGCAGAGGACGCUGCAGAAGCUGCUGACCAGUAAUACUGCAUUUAAGGAGACGCUGAAGAAAAUAGAGCAGAGCCAUGAAUGCGGCGGUCUCCCUUUGAUCUCCUUCCUCAUCCUUCCCAUGCAGCGAGUAACCAGACUGCCACUGCUGCUCGAUACGAUCUGCCAGAAGACGCCAGACAAGACAGCCGAGUACUUCGCUGCUGUUUGGGCGCUGCACGCCAUGAGCAAGCUUGUCAAUAGCUGCAAUGAUGGAGCCAGGCGGAUGGAGAGGACUGAGCAGAUGUACACCAUCCAGAAGCAGAUGGACUUUGGUAAAAUUAAGCCAUUCCCGCUGAUUUCCUCGUCGCGGUGGCUAAGGAAGCGCGGCGAGCUGGCCGUCUCCUCUGAGGAGCUCAGCAUCUGGAGGGCUUUCAGCAACCGAAGCUACUACCUGUUCCUGUUCAAUGACGUGCUGAUUGUUACCAGGAAGAAGAGUGAGGAGAGCUUUGUCGUGAUGGACUAUUGCACUCUGCAAAACAUGGAAGUGGACUUCGGGGAGGAUGCAGAGGGAUCUACAUCUCCAAAUGCUAAGAACAAUUCAAGUCAUUCCUUCAAACUGCUGAUGGGCCAGAACAGCGAUGGCAAAGCAGAGCAAAUCUCUCUGGUGGCUGAAACUAGGGUGGAAAGAGCACGAUGGAUAGUAGGUCUUACAGAGCACAAGAAGACAGGCACUUGUACAGAUGGUCUGCCACAGUAUGAAGCCACUAAAGCCUACAUGCCGAAGGAGCCAGAUGAGCUGGGGCUGCAACAGGCUGAGCUGGUCAUCGUCAUGAAUAAGGAGGAAGCUUGGUGCUAUGGAGAGAGAAUGCGAGAUGGAAAGAGGGGUUGGUUUCCUGCAAGCUGUGCCACAGAGAUCACGAACCCCACUGAGAUGGAGAGCAACAUGCAGCGUAUGAAGCGUCUGCGCAAAGAGACCAACGUUUAGGAAACUAUAGUGCUCCAUUGUACAAUGCGGACGUUUACCGGUAUCCUCAAAAGUAUCAGAACCAGUCCAAUGCUUUCCUGGUGGCCCCAUCAUAGAGGAUGUGCUCAACAAAACCAACGGGGUCUGGGAUUGAAUUCUACUUGUGUCUGUUCAUGUUGCGCUGUAUAACAAUUAUUAGACCUAAACAUACACUGUACAGUUCAAAUCCACGUUUAUGUCCUUAUUGGUGUAAAUGCAAGUUUCAAGAUGAAGUAAAUGUUUAACCUCAGGUUCAGGUUUCAUUUUGAAACUAGAAGAAAUUGUUAAUGUCUACAUGCAUUUUCAAAAAUCCUGUCACAAGGAAAAUAUGAGAAACUAGUGCAGCAUACUGGUAACAUUCUAUGUCCCACAGUCAACAUAUUGUAUAGGUAUUUUUAACUAGAUGUGUUUAAAAAGUUUUAAAGUGCUCUGUACCAGUCGCUGAUUCAAUAUCAUGCACUGCACAACUCUGAACUACUUUUCACAGUCUAACCUUUAUAUUAGAAAUUAAAAACAUAAAUAAAGUCACAACAGAAAAAG